UGCACCUGGAUCUACCCUCUCUGCCUCGGCCUCCCGGACGCUGUCACCCUUGAUAUCAUUAUGCUCGUCGCUGCUGCCCGAGCGGCGUCCAGUAAAUGCCUGCUCGCCCAUCCCGCCAGGGCCGCGCCUGGACUGAGACGGUGCAUUUCGGCUGCCUCAUCGCCUGCAAAACUCGACCCGGCUCCCACAUCGAUCUACAUCCACUGGCCCUACUGUGAGGCCAAGUGCACGUAUUGCUCCUUCAACAAGUACCACAUCCCAGUCAAUGGCCAGGACCAUGACCGGAUGCUCAAAUGCAUCGAGAUCGACCUGGCACAUGCUCUCCGGACAGAUCCCAGCCAGCUCUAUUCUCACCUGGGCGAAGCCGUAGGUCAGGUUCGACAGGAGAGCCGGUCGCUUCCCUGGGAUGAGCAGGGUUCGAAACCGGAGGCAGCUGCAGAGGAUUUGCCCUCUCGGAGCAAACCGCACAUUCGAUCAAUCUACUUUGGAGGCGGCACACCGUCGCUGAUGCUGCCAUCAACCGUCGAGUCGAUUUGCGAGAUGAUCUCUCAGUCAUGCAGCGUCGAUCCUCAUGUCGAGAUAUCGCUGGAGGCGAAUCCAACGUCGAUGAGCUUGGACAAGCUCUCCGCCUUCAAGCAAGCAGGAGUCAAUCGGCUGUCGCUGGGGCUGCAGUCCCUAAACGACCAGGAUCUGGCAUUUUUUGGACGUGACCACAGCGCCGCCGACGGGCUCAGAUCGGCCGAGAUGGCGAUGCGAAUAUUUGACAAUGUUUCGCUCGACAUGAUCUGGGGUCGUCCGGGGCAGACGGUGGACGAGUGGAGGAAAGAACUGCAGAUCAUCGCCUCGAUGAAUAGUGCCCACAUGAGUCUGUACCAGCUGCAGGUCGAAAGAGGCACUCCGCUGCACAAGUGGGUCGCCCAGAAACAAGUGGCCGAAUACGACAGCGAUGUGCUCGCAGAUUUUUACGAAGCCACCCGAGAGACAGCUGCACAGUGCGGCUUCCAACAAUACGAAGUGUCGUCUUUCUACAAUACCCGAUUCGCUCCGCCACGAAAGAGCCGCCACAACACAGCAUACUGGGAGGGCCACGAGUACAUUGGUGUCGGGCCAGGUGCUCACGGCCGGCGACACUCCUGGAAGUCUCCCGAGCGAUACCGAACCUUUUGUGUGCAGAGCCCGAACGCUUGGAUGAAGCAGUGUGAAUCACAUGGGCACGGUGUACGCAGAAUCACAAGAAUAUCCGAGGAGGACGCCAUGAAGGAGAUUGUUGUGUUUGGCCUGCGGACCUACGAAGGUGUAUCGUGCGAUACAUUUGAACGUUUCUCGAAAGGAGUACCACUGCACCAGUUCCUGGAUGGGGAAGCAUUGGAUCACUUCAUUGAACUCGGGCUGAUCAUGUGGAGCCAAGACGGACGCAAACUGAGACCAACGGCAAGAGGGUUGGCCGUUAUCGACCACAUUGUCGCCGAUAUGAUUUGAUCCGGGGCGAGAAUCUUGAACCCCUCGGUCGGGAAGUGAGCGAAGAAACUUGCGGACGCGCAAAAAAGUAGUGUCCCACUUUAUUCAAACGGCCAGUGGUGUGGACAGGGCCUGUAUUGGGCUGAAUCGGGCCUGGAUACAUCUGCAUAUCCACACUCUGGUGGGACGGGCGGUUGCUGGCUGCGGCUGGCUGCGCUCGUAUGUCGCGCUUCAGGGCACAUGGUGUG